AUGAGCACCACUUCCUUGAGUUGUUAUGGGGAACUAGAGUCAUGUGCUCCACAUCAUGCGUGUUCAUCCACAUUCAAAGUGUCAUACUUUGCUGACGGACAAAUCUCGUAUCAGACUAUCCGUUCGUGUAUUCCGGAAUUCCAGUGCGGUCUCUAUGGAACCCUGACUUUACUAGAUGCCAAUAUUGUCAUGGGAAUAGGUUGCUGCAAGAAAGAUGGGUGCAUACCAUCAGUAAUGGCACGAAGGCCUGUAAAUGCAAAACCGAAUGGCGUGAGAUGCAAAACUUGUACAAGUGCCACCGCCGAAUUCUGUGACACUGAUGAAACCAUGGAGUGCAGCGGAAAUGAGGACCGGUGUAUCAACUAUGGAUUAAUAAUCUCUUCAACUCAGUGUGAGCCGUUGCAGCUGACAGCUCCGUGUCACUCAGCACUGGCACUGUUUAACCGCCCAGGAUAUCGGAGGCCAGUUCAAGAUGCCUAG